AUGGCAGCCUUUUUUCGUUUAAUAGAUCCUCAUGGAAAUGAAUAUGAACAUGUGCAAGAUCAUAGUUUACAACUCGCUCUCGAAGAACUUGAUCAACAAAUUGAAGUGAUUCAACAACAAGAACGCCAAUUAAAAUUCCGGAAGCGUGCUAUUGAUGAUGCUAGACAAGAAGUCUUACAACAAAUUCAACACCGAAAGUUCCGUCAGUAUUUGCAUGAGCGAGAACAGGAAGCCCGAUUGCAGGAAUACUAUUUAGAGGAAUUACAGGAACGCAGAGCCUUUGAACAAGUUAUACGCACAAUCAUUCAAAAGAGAUAUGAGGAUGACGAAACUCAAAGAAACGUCCAACGCGAGAAAGAAGCCAGGAGGUUAUUACGAAGGAUUUUAGUUUCAGAUCCUUCCAACACUCAGCUGGUAGUACCCAGAAACUUUCACCAAUUCUUCAUUAAUCAUCCUAUAGUGGAACAUCUUAACUCUUCUGAUGAGCAACCUAGGACAAUUGAAAAUACCGAAUAUCCUCAAAGAACAUCUCAACCUGUACAAUAUGGUUCACCUAUAACUAGGAAAUCGGAUAUUCCGACUGAAAAUCCAAAAGAAUUCCACAUCCGACUUCAACAACCUUUAGCAGAUGAAGGUCCUCACGUUGCGGAAAUUCCUCAUUCGCAUGAAAAAGCCCACAAACAUUCUCACCAGGCUCCUUUUGAUGAUGAUUUGACCCAUGGUGAACUUACAGAGUUGAAUGAAUACCUUUUAGGUGCUCAGCGACGUUUGAACAAGCGCGGCAAUGCUAGAGAGCAUCACGAUCCUUCUCAAGCACUUCCUGGUACUUUUCUCUUUGGAAAGAUGGCUAAUGCUCCUGUAAAUCCCGAUCCCGAAGUUAUCGAACCUGAAGAAGAAAUUCCAACCCAAAGAAGAAAUCCUUUGGAAACUCUACUUUCUAGCGGACACUAUUCCGUUGUUAACAGCGACGAUGAAUCGGGCCCUCCUGAAUAUCAAUCCACCCAAUCCGAGAAACAGAGUGCUUCUCCUAAUACCCGGGAAACUGUUUUUUCUGCUACUUCAGAGACACCACACUCCACCAACUUGCAACCCGAGCACCAUACUACUACACCGUCAAUGGAGUAUCCUUCAAGCAACCCCAGUAAUGUUCCCACUAAUUUGACAACGAACGACAAAAAAGCUGCAAGCAACCAGCCAAACGGUGAGCAAGACAAUGCUUCUUCCACACGUCCUGUAUCUCAAAGUUCUGUUCGACAUAAUGUUACAGUUGAAGAAGUCCCUGAUGAAGACGCAUAG